CCUGUCUGCCUGUUUAUCGGAGAAAUGAGGGGACAGACAACACUUUUAUUGAGCACCAGUUAUAGCUAGGCUAUUAGGCAUGAAUAAUUGAACAAAGGUGUUACAUUUGAAUGGAUAUAUCUUGUCCCAAAUAAUUAUUUCAACUUAGAAAUGAAUUUGAUGAAAUUAGAUAAGAGACAGUAAAACAUUUUUUUUUAAAUUUCCCCAAAUACUAAACAAAGAUGUUUCUGUGGCUCUCUUUUUAUAGAAUUUAAUUGUGCUGAAAGCCACUUCCUAUUCCAGGUAUUCAAGACUAGAAGGAGCAUUCUGAUAAGAACACUGCAGACCAGUGAAUGAUGAAUAGGAGGCCCAACCUGAAUGGGUCUGGAGGACCAAGGUCCAUCGGUGUUCCACUACUCUGUCCUUCUAACAGAGUGCUGCUGGAGAGAGAAGAGGUCAGCCAGGACCCAGUGAUGGCCUCCUCUUUCAGGCCCUCAGCGUUCCCCUCCCUGCAUGUUGUGCCUCGGCCUCCCCCUCCUGACGACGUCUGGUCCAAGAGGCCCACAGCUGCCCACAGAAAGAGGAGAGACCUCCAGUCCCUAGUUCCUGUCCAGGAUGGAUGUCGUGAGUCUCCCGGUUGGAUUAACAGCAGCAGCUCCCAGCUGCCUGCCAAAACCAACAGACGCAGGCGCAACAAGGAGCUCUCCUUCACUGAGGUUCUGAAGAACUACAAGCUUCUACCUGAUUCCCGGCCCAGCAGCCCAGAGAGCCUGCACCAGCAUGAGAUGAUGAUUCCUAGAAUCCCUGUCAGCAUCACUAGACCUGAGGGGAGGCCUAGCAACCCUCGACGCCCCACAAGACGGCCUGUUAGACCAGUUGUCCUGGUCCAGCCUGACGUACAGCCUUCCAGACCUGAGGGGAGGCCAAGCAACUCUCGACGCCCCACUAGACGGCCUGUUAGACCAGUUGUCCUGGUCCAGUCUGACGUACAGCCUUCCAAACCUGAGGGGAGGCCAAGCAACUCUCGACGCCCCACUAGACGGCCUGUUAGACCAGUUGUCCUGGUCCAGCCUGACGUACAGCCUUCCAAACCUGAGGGGAGGCCAAGCAACUCUCGACGCCCCACUAGACGGCCUGUUAGACAAGUUGUCCUGGUCCAGCCUGACGUACAGCCAUCCAGACCUGAGGGGAGGCCUAGCAACUCUCGACGCCCCACUAGACGGCCUGUUAGCCCCGUUGUCCUGGUCCAGCCUGACGUACAGCCUUCCAGACCUGAGGGGAGGCCAAGCAACCCUCGGCCCCCCAAUAGACGGCCUGUUAGACCAGUUGUCCUGGUCCAGCCUGACGUACAGCCAUCCAGACCUGAGGGGAGGCCUAGCAACUCUCGACGCCCCACUAGACGGCCUGUUAGCCCCGUUGUCCUGGUCCAGCCUGACGUACAGCCUUCCAGACCUGAGGGGAGGCCAAGCAACCCUCGGCCCCCCACUAGACGGCCUGUUAGCCCCGUUGGCCUGGUCCAGCUUGACGUACAGCCUUCCAGACCUGAGGGGAGGCCUUCUAACCCUCAAUGCCCCAAUAGACGGCCUGUUAGCCCCGUUGGCCUGGUCCAGUCUUAUGUACAGCCUUCCAGACCUGAGGGGAGGCCGAGCAACCCUCGGAGCACCACUAGGAGAAAAGUGAGGCCCAGUAAUCCUGUUUGUCCCGUUAUUCUUGAGUCCCGACCUCCCAGUCCUGUGAGCAUCACUACCAGCAUUGUGGACCUAGUCCAGUUUGAGUCCUGUCCUGCUGUGAGUCUGGUCCAGCCUGAGUCACGUCCUGCCUGCCCUCUGACCCUGGAGGAGCUGGCCCUUUCAGAGUCAUGCAGCUUCAGCAACAAUGUGUUUGUUCUCUCCAUGCCGAAAGCUGCCCAGCCAGAGGAGGCUGCAAGAGGGAGCAGCAGCGCACCCAGGGACAUCAUCAGGCCUGAAGCCUUCGUCCAGACAGGACCCCUGCUGGCCAGGAGAGCCCAGAGGGAUGCUCCUCCUCCAAAGAAGCUCCCCAAACCCCCUGUGGACCCCCGGCCCAAACUGCUGCCCUCCCUGGGCCAGGGCAACGUGUCCCUUGUCAGUGCCAACGCCUGGGAUGAAAGGACCAAGAAGAAGAGAAAGAAAGGAGUCAGAGUCCAGAGGUCUAGCCUGGGCCUGAGACAUAUCCCCCGUGACCUAGAGCUGGCCAUGAUGAGGCCCCGUCUGGUCAAGUCGGCCGAUCCCUCCCAGCGUCCCUACCAGCCGUGGGACGACGAGGACGAGGUGGACAUCUACGCCCUGAGGCGCACAGCCUUCAUGUGCCCCAUGUACGACCAGGAGGAGAGCAGCGGCAGGGGCAACAAGAGGGUGGCAGUGGAGGCCCUGGACAACAUUCCUUUCAGAAGGAAGAUCACCUUGUGUUAUUUCAUGGGGGCGCAGGGUCAUGCUGCCAAAAGACUACUAACCCCACCCCCCUCAAUUUACACAACACCCCCUUAGUCCCAGACAGAGAAGAACAGGACACACACAGAGAGACAGAGUGGACACCAACAGGGCCAUCAGAGGGACAGAGAUCCUCUCAGUUGAUGUUAGGAAUGUCAGCUACGAAAAGCUUCAAUAGACCAUCUCUGUAGCAAGAGAACCUCCAGUAAUCAGACUGGGCUGUCCUCUGUCUCCACUCAUCUCUGAUACACCAGACUGGGCUGUCCUCUGUCUCCCCUCAUCUCUGA